UUCGUUCGAGCUUGUAGACGAACUUGAUUCUAAGGGCAUUGAAAUUGAUGAAGGGCAGAACGUACAGUUAUCCUCGAUAAAAUCACCUAAGGUAUGGAACAAAAUAAGUCAUUUACUGCAGGAUAAUUUAAAAAUAAAACGUUCAGUUAGAUACACCCGCUCUCAUUCACUGCCCGGUGAUGAUUCUACACAUCGAGAGGCUGGAGAAUCUCAAAUUUAUUAUGGCCCAGCUGCUCCAAAUACAUUAGCUAAUGAAACCUUACUAAUAACCAAUAAUCGUAGCCGCAGCACUGGUAGACGUAGGAAUACCCAGCUUUCAAAACGCAUUCAGAAAUUACCAAUGCGCAUUAUUCAAAGAGCAACAAGUGCAAUAUCAACAAGUGAUCAGAACACAGAUCAAUAUACAUAUGGAGAUUCACUUAGAGAAGAUAAUAAACAAAAUAAAAACGGACCUUGUCGAUCAAAAUAAACAGCCUCGUGCGGAAGGCAAAACAUAUAAGCGACACAGCCUCAGCCAUUUAAAUUCCGAGAUAGAAAUGGAAUUAAACAUUAAUCAAGCUAAACAACAAAAAAAUACUUCAGAUAAUGAACGCUCAAUAAAUAACUGUUAUGUAGAUUAUAAGUAUGAUGAAUUUCAGAAUAAAAGCAAAAGUUACGGCGAAACAACCCCACAACAUUAUUAUCCUACGAAUUCUGCAAUUGCAGAGUCAAAUAUUUUUGCUAUUGUGGGGAACUUAAAACGAUCAUCAAAUACUAUCUCGCAACUUCCAACUGAUUCUGAUACGAUUGGAGAGCAAAACGACAAUGCGAAUAUUCAGCAACCUGAAAAUGUAGUAAAUCUUAACGAAGUAUAUUCCAUCAAUAAAACAAUAUGUGAAGACCUAAAGACAAGUAGUCAUUUGAUGCAGAACGCACCACCUUCAUUUCGACCUGAUGAUGACAGUGAAAACUGUUCUGAAUUAGUAUUUACAAAAACUUUCGACCCGACUAUAAAAUGUGAAACGUCUACAUCAAUGCCAUUGCCACAACCACCGCUUCUAGUGGCAAUAACAUUUAUAGAGAAAACUUCAGCAGCUACUACAACUUCAAACUCCACAAUUGUGACAAAAAACAGCGCAUCUCAACAACAACAGUCGUUAGACAUUCCAGGCAGUCUUGGAAAUGGCUGUAGAGACGACGAUGACAAUCGUAGUCAACACUCUGGACGUACACUUUCGUCAUCACGUCGCCAGAGCACUGAGGACAGUAUUGACACAGAUGACGAAUAUUUUUGUUAUGAGCUGCGACAACUUGAAGAACUUGAGCGCACAACUGAGACUGAGGAAUCUAUAGUAGUGGCAAGUUCUGAUGUGUAUGACGAUGACGGUGGACAGAGUUGUGAGGGGAGUGCCGUUGAUAAUGCUGUACUUUUUCACAAAUUGAUCAAUUGGCGACUAGCAGCGUAGAAUGCGAUAA